AUGGGGAAGGAUUAUUAUUCAAUAUUAGGUGUUAGUCGAGACUGUACAACAAAUGAUUUAAAAAAAGCUUACAGGAAGCUAGCCAUGAUGUGGCAUCCUGAUAAACAUAAUAAUGAGAAAUCAAAAAAAGAAGCAGAAGAAAAAUUUAAGAAUAUUGCUGAAGCAUAUGAUGUUUUAGCAGAUGAAGAGAAAAGAAAAAUAUAUGAUACAUAUGGAGAAGAAGGAUUAAAAGGUUCAAUUCCAACAGGAGGAAAUACAUAUGUCUAUAGUGGUGUUGAUCCUUCAGAAUUAUUUAGUAGAAUAUUUGGUUCGGAUGGACAAUUUUCUUUUACCUCAACAUUUGAUGAGGAUUUUUCUCCCUUUUCAACCUUUGUAAACAUGACUUCUAGAAAAACUAGACCAUCCACAACAACAAAUAUUAACACCAACAAUUAUAACAAACCAGCCACAUACGAGGUGCCCCUCUCUUUAUCGCUAGAAGAAUUGUACAGUGGUUGUAAGAAAAAAUUAAAAAUAACGAGAAAGAGAUUUAUGGGGACAAAAAGUUAUGAAGACGAUAAUUAUGUAACAAUUGAUGUAAAGGCAGGAUGGAAAGAUGGCACAAAAAUAACUUUUUAUGGAGAAGGAGAUCAAUUAUCUCCUAUGGCACAACCAGGAGAUUUAGUUUUUAAAGUAAAAACAAAAACACAUGAUAGGUUCUUAAGAGACGCUAAUCAUUUAAUUUAUAAAUGUCCUGUACCUUUAGAUAAAGCUUUAACAGGAUUCCAAUUUAUUGUUAAAUCAUUAGAUAAUAGAGAUAUAAAUGUAAGAGUAGAUGAUAUUGUUACUCCUAAAUCAAGAAAAAUUGUAGCAAAAGAAGGUAUGCCUUCUUCAAAAUAUCCAAGCAUGAAAGGAGAUCUCAUUGUAGAAUUUGAUAUUGUCUUUCCAAAAAGUUUAACUAGCGAAAAAAAAAAAAUUAUAAGAGAAACAUUGGCAAAUACAUUCUAA